AUGCCCCCCAGAACACACAUGCAGGGCGAGGCUGCCAGCGGGGCAUGGAGGAAUCUCAGGGGCGACUCGGGGCACUGCUCCUCAGAUGAGGAUAACAAGGCCUUUGAAGUGUGGCAGCAGCUGCCAGUCUCUGUGGAACGGGGCAGUUAUCUCUUUGGAGGACUGUUUACAAACUCCCCAUUUUCUCUUGUUUCUCCUGCCCAAUGGCUGUGCUUCAGCACGCAUUUAGGUCAUGUGCAGAGCGUAUCUCGCCUCCAGUGGGAGGGAAGUGUAUAGGAAAGCAUACGGAGUGUGAGAAACUCCAGGUGUGCUCUCCCCAUGCUCUCCGCUCCAUGCAGCCUCUCACUCCACUUUCUUUUAUUUUUUCUUUCCUUUUUUUUUUUUUUUUGAGACAGAGUCUUGCUCUAUCACCAGGCUGGAGUGCAGUGGUGCGAUCUCGGCUCACUGCAACCUCCGCCUCCUGGGUUCAAGCAAUUCUCCUGCCUCAGCCACCUGAGUAGCUGGGACUACAGGCACCCACCACCAUGCCAGGCUAAUUUUUGUAUUUUUAGUAGAGAUGGGGUUUCACCAUGUUGGCCAGGAUGGUCUUUAUCUCUUGACCUCAUGAUCCGGCUGCCUCGGCCUCCCAAAGUGCUGGGAUUAUAGGUGUGAGUCACUGCGCCCGGCCUUUUUUUUUUUUUUUUUUUUUUGAGACAGUGUCUCACUCUGUUCCCCGGCUGGAGUGCAGUGGUACAACGUCAGCUCACUGCAACCUCCACCUCCCAUGUUCAAGCAAUUCUCCUGCCUCAGUCUCCUGAGUAGCUAGGAUUACAGGCAACUGCCACCAUGCCCGGCUAAUUUUUGUAUUUUUAGUAGAGACAGGUUUCACCAUGUUGGCCAGGCUGGUCUCGAACUCCUGACCUCCAGUGAUCCAGCUGCCUCAGCCUCCCAAAGUCCUGGGAUUACAGGUGUGAGCCACUGCACCCGGCCUCAUUCUGUUUUCUAGUUCAAUGAUGCCCCUUGAAACCCAGACUUGGGGUCUCUCUCCCUCGUGCUGCCCCUGGGCCUCCCAGCCCAGCCCGUGUAGACCUUGCCUCUUUCCUGUCCCUGGAUAAACAGACUUUCU